UAAAUAAAGCGACGGAUACAAGGGAAGAAGGUUGCGUCGGAUUAAAGAGCACGACAUCGCCUCUGUAGUCAAAUUUAGGAAUAGGAUAAGAGGCAUUCACCAAGCCUUAAUAACGUCUGAAAUUAUAGACAGAGAUGCUACGGAUUUAAAUGACUAUGGCAUCCUUGUAGUUUUCUCGGAUCAUGCAGAAGUCCGUAGUAAAUAGCGUAUGUAGGCUGCGCUGUUAGUUGGCACAUCGGAGAGGUUGCAGUUCUUGGAUAGAUUAUUUUUGAUUUAGUGCGUGUCCUCUUCAAGAUACAAUUUCAUUAGAAUAGUUACUGGCAUAGAAUCAUCGGGAAAACUAUUGCACUGGGAUGGACAAUGCCCAUACAAAGACGGUGGAGGAGGUAUUGGGGUUCUUCUGUGUGAACGAGUCGACUGGAGUAAGCUCCGAGCAGCUGAGGAAGGGGCGCGAGAGAUGGGGACCAAAUGAAUUGCCUGCUGAAGAAGGGAAGUCCUUAUGGGAGCUUGUUCUGGAGCAGUUUGAGGACCUGCUGGUGCGGAUCCUCUUGUUGGCAGCCUGUAUCUCUUUUACCUUGGCCUGGUUUGAGGAGGGAGAGGGCACCAUCACAGCCUUUGUGGAGCCUUUCGUUAUUCUCCUCAUCCUCAUUGCAAAUGCCAUUGUUGGGGUGUGGCAGGAACGUAAUGCAGAGAACGCCAUUGAGGCACUGAAGGAAUAUGAACCCGAGAUGGGGAAAGUGUAUCGCCAGGACAGGAAGAGUGUCCAGAGGGUGCGGGCCAGAGACAUCGUACCAGGGGACAUCGUGGAGGUGGCAGUGGGUGACAAAGUCCCGGCAGACAUCCGCCUGACCUCCAUCCGCUCCACCACGCUGCGAGUGGACCAGUCCAUUCUGACGGGGGAGUCGGUGUCGGUGCUAAAGCACACGGACCCGGUGCCUGAUCCACGCGCUGUCAACCAGGACAAGAAGAACAUGCUGUUCUCGGGGACGAACAUUGCCGCCGGCAGAGCCAUGGGGGUGGUGGUGGCCACCGGGGUGCACACGGAGAUCGGAAAGAUCCGUGACGAGAUGGCCGCCACAGACCCCGAGAGGACCCCGCUGCAGCAGAAGCUUGACGAGUUUGGGGAGCAGCUGUCCAAGGUGAUCACACUGAUCUGUGUGGCAGUGUGGGGCAUCAACAUUGGCCACUUCAGUGACCCUGUGCACGGCGGAAGUUGGUUGCGGGGUGCUGUUUACUACUUCAAGAUUGCCGUGGCGCUUGCUGUAGCUGCCAUCCCUGAAGGUCUGCCCGCUGUGAUCACCACCUGUUUGGCACUGGGCACCCGCCGCAUGGCGCGGAAGAACGCCAUUGUGCGCUCGCUGCCGUCGGUGGAGACGCUGGGCUGCACCUCCGUGAUUUGCUCCGACAAGACGGGCACCCUCACCACCAAUCAGAUGUCCGUCUGCAGGUUGUUUGUUAUGGAUAGUGUAUCUGGUGACAGAUGCAUCCUGAAUGAGUUUACAGUGACUGGAUCUACUUACGCUCCUGAGGGUGAAGUGUAUAAGGAUGGUGCAAUCGUGCGUUGUAGCCAGUAUGAAGGCUUGGUGGAGUUGGCUACCAUUUGUGCGCUAUGUAAUGAUUCAUCUCUGGACUACAAUGAGUCGAAGGGCGUGUUUGAGAAGGUGGGGGAGGCCACUGAGACAGCCCUGUGCUGCCUGGUGGAGAAGAUGAAUGUGUUUGACACGGACCUGAGGGACCUCAACCCCGUGGAGAGAGCUAAUGCCUGCUGCUCGGUGAUCAAGCAGUUGAUGAGGAAGGAGCUGACGCUGGAGUUCUCCCGAGACAGAAAGUCCAUGUCUGUCUUCUGCUCCCCCAACAAGCUCACCAGGUCUGCCUCCGGUGCCAAGAUGUUUAUAAAGGGUGCUCCGGAGAGCGUUCUGGAGCGCUGCAGCUGGAUCCGUGUGGGUGGCGGCGUGAGGCUGCCGAUGACGGCGGGCCUGCGGGAGCAGCUGCUGGAGACGGUCAGGGGGUGGGGCUCGGGCCGCGACACGCUGCGCUGCCUGGCCAUGGCCACGCGCGACUCCCCGCCCGACCCGCGCACGCUCAACCUGGAGAACUCCGCCACCUUCGUCGACUAUGAGUGUGACCUGACAUUUAUCGGGUGUGUGGGGAUGUUGGACCCUCCGAGGAAAGAAGUGCUUAGUGCCGUUCGAAUGUGCAGACAAGCAGGCAUACGAGUAAUCAUGAUCACUGGGGACAACAAAGGCACGGCACUGUCCAUCUGCCGGCGCGUGGGCAUCAUCACGGAGCAGGAGGAGGAGGAGGGCCAGGGCGGGCCCUUCAGGGGGGGCCUGACGGGGCGGGAGUUUGACGAGCUGCCCCCCCACCUCCAGAGGCAGGCCUGCCGCACCGCACGCUGCUUCGCCCGCGUGGAGCCCACCCACAAGAGCCGCAUCGUGGAGUACCUGCAGAGCCUCAGCGACAUCACCGCCAUGACUGGCGAUGGCGUGAAUGACGCUCCCGCUCUGAAGAAAGCGGAAAUCGGCAUCGCUAUGGGCUCUGGGACGGCGGUCGCCAAGUCGGCCUCCGAGAUGAUCCUGGCGGACGACAACUUCUCCACCAUCGUGGCGGCCGUGGAGGAGGGCCGGGCCAUCUACAACAACAUGAAGCAGUUCAUCCGCUACCUGAUCUCCUCCAACAUCGGUGAAGUGGUCUGUAUUUUCCUGACAGCGGCCCUGGGGAUGCCCGAGGCUCUGAUUCCUGUGCAGCUGCUGUGGGUGAACCUGGUGACGGAUGGCUUCCCAGCCACCGCGCUGGGCUUCAAUCCCCCCGACCUGGACAUCAUGUCCCGGCCCCCACGCAACCCCAAGGAGCCUCUCAUCUCUAGCUGGCUCUUCUGCAGAUACCUCAUCAUUGGCUGUUAUGUUGGAGCCGCCACUGUAGGGGCCGCCGCCUGGUGGUUUAUGGCCGCUCAGGAUGGACCCAAACUCUCCUAUUACCAGUUGUCCCACUACCUGCAGUGCAGUGAAGGCAGUGCGGAGUUCGCAGGGGUGCAGUGCUCUGUCUUUGAGUCUCCUUACCCAAUGACCAUGGCUCUGUCCGUACUGGUUACCAUCGAGAUGUGCAACGCGCUGAACAGCCUGUCUGAAAACCAGUCUCUGUUGAAGAUGCCCCCGUGGUCCAACCCCUGGCUGGUGGGCGCCAUCUGCCUCUCAAUGGCACUUCACUUCCUUAUCCUUUAUGUCGACCCCCUGCCUGUGAUAUUCCAGAUCAGGCCCCUCUCCUGGCCUCAGUGGGUCACCGUGCUGAAGAUGUCUCUGCCGGUCAUCAUGAUGGACGAGGCCCUCAAGUUCCUGGCGCGGAACUACAUCGAGCCCGGCAACGAGCUGGAGCUGGACCUGGAGGAGGAGGAGGAGCACCGGCGUCGCCACGGCGACAGCGUCGGGCUGGGCGGCAGGCUGGCGGCGUCCGUGAGGCGAGCCCUGAAGGGCGUGUCCUGGACCUUCGUCCUCAUCUCCGCUCCUCUGCUGCUGUGGAUCUACAGCCUGGACUCCGACAUCACCAACAUCUUUUGGGAGUGAGGCAGAUGGGGGACGGGCAGG